AUGUCCGUGCACCCCGACCGCCUGUGGAUCUGGGACAACCACACGUACUUGGACGAGAACAGGCGCACCUGGAUACCCAUCAUCAUUAAGACAGAGGGCAAACGCCAGGUGGUCAUGCGCCAGGAAGACAUGGCCCUGGGGGAAGCCAUGACACCGUCCCAGCUGACCAAUUUUGAGCUGCCGCUCCUGUGGCAGCGCUACCCCAGGAACAGAUACCGAACAUCAGACACCAGUUUCUGGCGCAUAGUGCAUCAUACCAAGAUCUGUGACAGGGAGGACAUGCUUCUUGAACAGUUGCCGGAUCCGGACUCUUGUUCCUUGCAGGCCACCGUGGCACUGCCAUUCACUGUCCCUUAA